AUGUUUUCUAAGCUCAAGAAUUUUUCAGAAGAUGUGGCGAAAAGUCUAAAUGACAUGAGUAUGCCCCCAGAUCAACAACCGAACCAACCGGCACAAAGGCCGGAUCCGUUGCUUCAAUUGCAGCGUAACUCGAAAAUACUACAAGCGGAGACUCCCGACACGUCUCAAUUGGUUCAGCCGACCGAGGAAUCGGAAAACCCCACAAGACAAACCUCGCCUGCAAUCGCGUCAGAAGGCACCACCGCUGCUGCUCCUAGUUAUAGCUCGGCAGAUGCAAAUGAGAACCUCCCCCCUGCAGUCAAAUCCAAAUUGAAAAAGUUUGCCAAGUAUGAAGAGAAAUACCCGUUGCUUUUGGACGCCUACAAGAUAGAAAAGAAAAAGACUGAAUUGAUCAAGGUUUUCGAACUUGUAUUGAAGGAAAACACGCCGAUUUCCUCCUUGGCCGAUGCCAAAAUCCUCGUUGAGUAUUUGAAUGGAAUCAAUGAAAAGAACAAAAUCCAAAGCACCGAAAUUCGGAGACUAACGAAGGAAAACUCCAUGCUUAGUUUCAAAGUUGCGAAAUCGGAGGAACAGGGGCAGCUGUCGGAUAAAACCUUGCAAAAUUUGGAAAAUUUGCAAAAAGAGAAUGAGCUUUUGAAGGGCAACAUCAAAAAAUUGCAAGAGGAGAAACUAGACUUGGAAGAGUCAAAGUCAAAGUCAAACGAGCAAGACGACAGCAAUAAAAUCAUCAUCGCUGAACAAAACUCUGAAACUGAGAGCCUAGAAAAGCAAGAGUUGGAGUCUACUACAAUUCCGUCGAAGAUGGAUGAUGCAACUGUAAAGGAACUAAAGCAGGACCUUGAAAAGAAGCUGAAGGAAUGUGAUGAAAUCUCGAGCAAAUUAAGCACUGCGAGAAAGGAGCUAGAAGAUAAAACAGAAGAGAUUGAAGAUUUGAGAGAUUCUGUGAAAAGCAUUGGGAAUGAUUUAAUGGCCGCAAAGGACAAAAUCAAAGAACUAAGGGUGCAACAACAACAACCACAGCAAAUUGCGGAGGAAGAGAGCACGAAAAGUUCUAGUGAAAGAAACGGUGGGGAAAAGACUGCCAUAUCCAGCUCCUCCAGUGAAGUCCUUGAGAAACUAGCGAAAGAAGUCAGCACUUGGAAAGAAAAACACUCUGCAAAAGUCAAGGAAGUAGAAGAAUUGAAUGCAAAGAUCACCAAUUUGGAAGAAGACGUUCAUUUGAGAAACGUGGAGAGCAAACAAGCAGAGGGUAAAUUACGCAAAGAAGUGCAGAGUAUUAAAAAAGUUAAAGAUGAGCUUGAGGCAAAACUCAAAGAGUGCGAAAAUGAACUAGAUGAUCAUAAAAGGGAGAAAAUAAAUUUAGAAACUAGGAUUGAAGAACUAUCAAGUUUCAAAAGCAACGAAACGUCACUUAAAUUGCAAAUUUCGUCGUUGCAGGCUUCGCUUAAGCAUAAGGAUGAAAUCAUCAGCGAGCUCAAAACCAAGAUGGAUACUUUAGGUCGAGACGCGUCUGAGUUGACUCGUAAAGUGGAAAAUUUGACAAAGACUAAUGACCAAAUGCAAGCCAACUGCAUGGGCUUGUUGAAAAGAAAGAACGAGCUAUUGACUAAGCAAGAGCUUCACAUGGACAACGAAAAAUCAUUAAACGCGCAAAUAACUAAGCUACAACAGGAAAAGCAAAGCAUACGCAACGAGCUAGAGUCAACCAAGAGCAAAUUGGAAGCUUUGGUUUCCGAGAAAUCAACCGCCAAAAACGAUAUUCUUUUGUUCAAGAAGGAUUAUGAUGAAAUCGCAAUGAGAUCGAAAGAAUACAACUUGCGCAUUGAAAACUUGGAGGACGACAUUUCCGAAGCGAGAAAUUUACUCCUGGAAAGGAAUAGAGAAGCUAGCAAUAUGAGACGGUUGUUGGUUGACGCUCAAGAUAUGUUGAAGCAGAAGGACUUGGACCACAAGCAAGAAAUCUCCAGACUUGGAGAGGAGAAAUUGGAGCUAGAGAAAACCACUAAUGGGUUGAUUAAGAAGCGGCAGAAGGAGGUGGAUGAACUUCAGAAAUCGUUGAAACAAAGUGAAAGCCAGGUGCAGCGGCUAGGAGAUCAAGUCGCCAGCCUUUCAACUCAGCUCGUCGAAGCUGGCGCGGAUGAUCAUGAUAAUAAUAAUCCUAACAAUAACAAUCAUAACAACAACAAUGGUGCCGCCGGCGGAGAUUUGCAACAACAAAUCGACACUUUGAGAACGGCUUUGUCCACUGCAACCGACAAGGCCAGAGAUUACGAAAAAACCAAUGCCAGCUUGAAAAAACUAAACGAAAACAACAUUGCCAAAUUCGAAAGGCUAUCCAAAAACUACAAGCUCCUUACACAGCAAUACAGAUAUGUGAAGCAAAACGAGAAACAAGAAACCCACAAACAACAACAGCAACAGUUGGAGGAAAGGAGCAGAAACUCUUCGAUUGCAAGUCAUGAUCUGGAUGCCGAUGUACUGUUUCAAGAGCAGCAGAGCAGGGAAACAAACAUUGCCUAUUUGAAAAAUGUCUUGCUAGGGUACUUUGAGCACAAGGAACAACGGGAACAGCUACUACCCGUUCUAAAAACAAUCUUUCAAUUCAACAAGGAAGACGAAACGAAAUUUCUUCUAGCAAUCAAGUAG